AUGAAUUAUAGUCUUGGCAGUUCAAAAGCUAUUGCCGGUGAAUGGCCAUGGGUAGCGAGUCUUCGACAAAAAAUACCUGGUACUCAAGCUAUACAUUUCUGUGGAGGUUCAAUUAUUGCUCCUCGACUUGUAUUAACUGCUGCACAUUGUUUUCAUAAUAUAACUAUUCCGACAGAUCCAAAUUAUGCUCGACGAAUAGGUGAAGUUCAUAUUGGUCAACUUGGUUUAACUGAACAAGGUCAACGGAUAGCUGAAUGGAUUAAAGUAAUUAUUCCUGAAAAAUAUCUUCCAUUUCGACCACAUGAUUAUUCUUAUGAUAUUGCUUUAUUAGUUCUUAAUAAAGAUAUUAUCGAUAAUCAACAAUCUGCUAUAUGUUUACCAACAUAUAAUAUUAUUAGUAAUAUUGGAGAUUAUGGAACUAUUGUUGGAUGGGGAAUGCAUAAUGAAAUUGAUACUGAAAUAUCUAAUUAUAUGAUGCAAGUUACUAUACCUAUUCUUGAUCCAACACUUGAUGCAUGUAAUCCAUUGAUAUUACCUCGGAAAAAUUCUACAAUGACUAUAUGUGCUGGUGUUUUAUCUGGUGAUAUUGAUGCUUGUCAAGGCAAUUCAGGUGGGCCAUUGGUGCAAAAAUUUAAAAAUCGUUGGUAUAAUAUUGGGUUAGUUUAUUUAAUUGAAUAUAAACUUCUUUGA